GCGGGGAGCGGGCGCUCGGGUUGUGGUGGCCGGAGGGGCCUGGGCCGCGAGGUCGACGCCUGUGGUUCCGGCGGUCGAGGCCAAAGGACCCACCGCGGCUUGGUCGCCGGAGAGGGAGGGGUGCGCUGCCGCCGCCGCCCGGCCGGUGCCCGGGAAAAUCAGCCCAGAGAAUUGAUGGGAUUUGCCCCAGGUCUCCCACCCGGCAAGCCAGCCCUAAGGACCCGGGUACUGGCGCAUGGGGACGGUGGCUCUCCCUCUCGUGUGUAAAGAAUCUCCAGUAUCCGAGGAGCCCUCUGCGACUGUGGAUUCUGCAGACACCUCUGCAGCCCUGUCCCCCCCCCAGCUGAGGCAGCACCACCACCGGCUCAGGCGCAAGGACGGAGCCCCUGGACUGCCAGGUUCCCUACCCGGGAGGAGGAGGAAGAGGAGAAAUCCGUCUGCUGGGGCCUGAGCGUGGCCUGGGAGACCGACCAUCGUCCCAGGAUGCCCCUGCCCGAGCCCAGCGAGCAGGAGGGUGAGAGUGUGAAGGCUGGCCAGGAGCCGUCCCCGGAGUCCCCUGAGCCAGGGACCGAUAUCGUCCCCGCCGCCCCCACGAAGCCCAAGGAGUUCUCCAAACUGGUCCUGCUGGCAGCCUCCACAGAGAAUGUGGACGAGGUGGACUCCCAGCCCGAAGGAGGGCACUGUGUCAUGUCCCUGGAGUUGUCUGGCCCUGACACACUAGCCAGGACCCCCCAGAUCCUGCCAGUGGAGGAGCAAGCGGGCACAGUCCAGCCAACCCCCCAGGUCCCUGAGCAUAAACGCAGCAAGCCAGACACAGCAGCCCUCACGCCCCUGGAGUUCCUGAGGACCCCUUUCGGGGGCCGCCUCCUGGUGCUCGAGUGCUUCCUGUACAAGCAGGAGAAGGCCGUGGGGGACAAGGUGUACUGGAAGUGCCGCGAGCACUCUGAGCUGGGCUGCCGGGGCCGGGCCAUCACCCGGGGCCCACGGGCCACAGUGAUGCGCGGCCACUGCCACCCGCCUGAUGAGGAGGGCCUGGAGGCCCGGCGCCAGAGACAGAAGCUGCCCAGCCCAGCCCUGCCUGAAGGCCCGGGGGGUCCGGAGGGCCCCGGGGGCCAAGUGGAGGAGCCACUGGAAGGGGUGGGCCCGUGGCUGUGCCCUGAGGAGCCGGAGCCCGCCCCUGGCUUGGUGCUGAGCAGGCCGGCCGCAGAGGAGGAUGAGGGCCUACGAGCCCUGUCGCUGCUGAGCUUGCCCCCCAAGAAACGGCCGACGCUGGGGACCGGAGAACCCCGGCCCCUGGAGUUCCUGAGGACUUGCUACGGGGGCCAGUUCCUGGUGCACCAGUGCUUCCUGUACAAGCGAGAGAAGGCCGUGGGCGACAAGGUGUACUGGACGUGCCGGGACCACGCCCUGCACGGCUGCCGCAGCCGGGCCAUCACCCAGGGCCAGCGGGUGACUGUGAUGCGCGGCCACUGCCACCCACCGGACGUGGAGGGCCUGGAGGCCCGGCGGCAGCAGGAGAAGGCCAUGGAGACGCUGCAGGCCCGGCCGGGCGGGCCCGGGGGCCAAGUGGACGAGCUGCUGUCCCGUGGCGGGCCCGGGCCCCUGACUCUCAGCAGAGCCCGGCCUAGAAAGCGCGCAAAGGCCCUUCCGGCCCAGCCCCCGGCCCUGCAGGGCGCCUCCGCCGGGGACCAGGAGGAUGACCUGGGAGGCCCCGAGUUCCUGAGGACCCCUCUGGGGGGCAGCUUCCUGGUGUACGAGUCCUUCCUGUACAGGCGGGAGAAGGCGGCUGGGGAGAAGGUGUACUGGACGUGCCGGGACCAGGCCCGCAUGGGCUGCCGCAGCCGCGCCAUCACCCAGGGCCGGCGGGUGACCGUGAUGCGCGGCCACUGCCACCCUCCUGACCUUGGGGGCCUGGAGGCCCUGAGGCAGCGGGAGAAGCGCCCUGGUGCGGCCCAGCGGGGGAGCCCAGGAGGCCCCGAGUUCCUGAGGACCCCUGGGGGCAGCUUCCUGGUGUACGAGUCCUUCCUGUACAGGCGGGAGAAGGCGGCCGGGGAGAAGGUGUACUGGACGUGCCGGGACCAGGCCCGCAUGGGCUGCCGCAGCCGCGCCAUCACCCAGGGCCAGCGGGUGAUGGUGAUGCGCAGACACUGUCACCCGCCCGACCUGGGGGGCCUGGAGGCCCUGAGGCAGCGGGAGCAGAUCCCCAGCCCAGCCCAGAGGGAAGGCUCAGGAACGCUGCAGCCUCUGGAGUUCCUGCGGACUUCGCUCGGGGGCCGGUUCCUGGUGUACGAGUCCUUCCUCUACCGGAAGGAGAAGGCGGCCGGGGACAAGGUGUACUGGAUGUGCCGGGACCAGGCCCGGCUGGGCUGCCGCAGCCGCGCCAUCACCCAGGGCCAGCUGGUGACGGUGAUGCGUAGCCACUGCCACCUGCCUGACCUGGCGGGCCUGGAGGCCCUGAGGCAGCGGGAGCGGCGCCCCGGCGCGGCCCAGCAGGAGGACCCAGAAAACACGAAGCUUCCGCCAGAAGUGCAGCUGCGUGUCCAGAGCGUCCCUCCGGAGACCCAGCAGGAAGGUGAACUGUACGAAACCGCCCAGUGAGGAGCAGUGUGGCCCAUCCCCUCCCGACGGGAGCACGGGGACCUCGUGCUGCCAGCGUCACGGAUGCUCCGAGCCCACGCAGGACCCUGGCGUUUCCCACCCGGUUAGAUUUUGCUUCACAAAGCCUCUCUUCCACUCCUCCACAGCACGGUGGCCUUCUCACUUCUUCAUGGGGCCUCCCAAGAGGAAAACUCUGACGGUGUCUUCGAGCGGGCACACGGGAGCUGGCGGCCCACACACAUGGGUGACUCGGGGAGAGCCCCCCCCCCCCCACGGAAGACCUGGAGAAGCAUCUUUACACGGAGACACCUCUCCCCCGCUCCGCCGUCCCGAGCCGCGAACACCCGUCCACUUUCAGAGCACGUGACUUUGCCAAGGCCUUUCCAGUCCGGUGCGGCCCUGCUUGGCCAGGGCACGUUUGGAGAAGUUCCUGCUGCUUCGGGCUCAGCUGUCCCGCGUAGCUCCGGCCUCCCCGGGUGUUCUCUGGGCAGGGGCCACAUGGGCCUUUGCGCCCCUCGGCCCCUGCCACUGGGCCGCAGCCCCCCCCCGCCUGGUAACAGCAGCCCCACCGCACUCCCCCCGCACGCGCCGUCUACUUUCUCUCCCUCGCUGUCUUCCCAGGGUCCGUGAUCCCCGUGGCGGGCGUCCCUGCCGGCGGUGGGCGCCAGCCCGGAUGUCCACGGGAAGGCGGCCCCGGACGGCCACGACCGGGCCCGCGGUGUGUGGGUUGCCCACGUCCGUCUGGUGCAGGAGACGCAGACUCGAAUGGCAGCGGAGGCCCACCCCUUCUGUCCGCCGGUGCAGGGGAGCUCGCCUGGCAGGUCCGAGAAGCAGGCGGCGGCGGCCGGGAGCCCCGGAGACACCUGCCGGGCCGUCCGGACAGCGAGGUUCCUUGUCUCCACGCUGUGACUGUGGAGCGAGCACGGGGCCACAGACCCCCUCUCUCCCGCCAAGCCGGCCGUGCAGCCUGCUGUCCGGCUACAGGACAGCGACAGCUUGGGACCCCAUUGUCCCUCUGCUUACAGAUUUCCCGCCAAUAAACCCUAUUUUAUAUCUCA